CUCCAAACUGUACUCCGUGCUAGUACCUCGCAUGUAGAAGUGGCUUAUUGGCGACUUGUCCAAGGUAGUAUCCUACAGCGACUCUCUCUAUAACGGACUUGUUGUUAUUGAAACUCAAUGCUCAUUGCGACAAGGUAGCACCUAACAACUAACACCCAGCGGCCAGGCCAUGCCUGCAAGCAACCUGCAAGGUAAAAGUACCCUUUCUAGUAACCCAACUGUGAUCGGACCUCGAGCGACCAAUGUCCACCACUACCUCCACUACGGCCGCCACCCAAACGUCAGCCUGCCACACGCACACACAGCUCGUUCGUUUCAAGGGAAAAGAAAAAGAAAAAAGAGAGAAGCGGGAAAACGGGAAAACGGGCUAGACUUUCCAAAGCUGACAAGGGUUUCGUAGGUGAGACCCAGCCAGGUCGCGACCGCAGGCCCGCGGCCCACGGCCCAUGCCAAC